AUGGAAGAAGGAAAAUGUAGAGAAUCCUGUGCUGUGCUCAACAGAAUGAUAAUCACAUUGGGAUAUUGCAGUUACUGGCCAGUUUCGUUUUUGCCAACACGACUGCAGGAAUCUAUCAUUGAAAUUAUUCGUCGAUUCAGCGGGACAACUCUACCAGCAGUGAUCGCCAAUGCCGAACCGAACAAAUCCAGUACAAAAGAAUAUGUACUGUCAUAG